GACGGACGCCAUGCAGGAAGCAUCCUUGCUCCAUUUGCCAGGUGUCGCCAUGGACGACCAGAUCCAGGCCCUUGUCCGUGGCAUCUACGCUGGCAGUGCCAUCUCGGUCGUCUUUGAGGCCAUGGACGUCGGCGUCCUCUCCAACGUCGUCCACGUCACCGUGACGCUACCGACACGCGUCGAGCACUUGAUCGCCAAGUUCCCGCGCCCCGAGUUCCCCAUGAUGCACGCCAUGUUUGCUGUCGAAGCGGCCUUCUACACGCGCACCAACAAGGCUAGCGUUCCGUUUGAGCUUCCGCCGCUUCUGUCAGCCUCGGCGGACGCGAUCGUCCUCCGAAAGCUCGACAACGUCAUCUCGUACUCGUGCUACGACGGCUGUCCAUCGGAGCACGUGCUGCCGAUUCUUACGCAGCUUGCCACGCUCCACGCCGCGUACUGGGACCAGUCGUUUCCGGAGCUGGCGGCGAUUCCAGGCAUUGGCGCCAACUUGAGCGUGCAGGAGAAACAGACCCACUUUUGCACCCUCUACGCACCGUUUUACGCCGACCUUGGGUUGCCUGCGACAACACUCGCCGCUCUCGACCACCUCUGCAACACCCUCGCGCAGGGCACACGACUCACGCGCCUUCACGAAGCGGUGGAAGCAUGGCACAAGACUCUCAUCCACGGUGACUUGCAUGUGGCCAACAUGCUCUUUCACGACGAUCGCAUUGUGCUUUUGGAUUGGGCCACGUGCGGCAGAAGCAACCCGCUCCGGGACGUGGCCUUCUUCUUCACUGUCAGCGUCACGAGCACCGUGCGAGAGGCCACCGAGGCGCCGAGCCUCCGCGCCUACGCGACGACUCUUGCCCACGCGAUCCCAAGUGUGUCGAUCGAGGCCAUCGAGACCAUGUACUACCUCUGCGUCCUCAACCAGUUUGUGAUCCUCGUCGGCUACAAUACGCUCACGAUGAGCCUCGCGGGCCUCGGGUCGACGCCGGCGAAGCAAGUGAAGCUUCGCGAGGGCUUUCUCGAGACCAACAAACGCAGCUGCGCAGCAGCGCUGCAUGCUUACACUAUGCUAGCCAAGCACGCUUUGUUUCAUUAAAUGUGAAAAAAUGCUGGGUUUGGG